AAAUUUCAAUUAAGUUCCAUUCAACGUCUUCGUCUCAUGUCAUUGCAGCAUUAUAAAUUAUUUCGAAUAAUGAUACUUCAAUAAACAUACUAACUCCUAUGAAGCCAAAAAAACAUUUAAAGGUUUCUUAGCAGGAAUCAUUAUUCUAGCUGGAAAAUAAUUUAAUAAACUCUUCUAAGGCUACUUUUAUGCAACAACAGAUAUCAAACCGGACUCCUACUGGUUUUUGUAAGUUCUAAAAGCCCGACUUUCUAAUGUUUCAAGAAAAUUGCCCAUAUGCUAAAUGUAAAUAUGUUUAGGAAAAGAAAAAAUUAAAACAAAUUUAACCCUACCAGCUGACUGUCGUAGAAAUAUAUAUGUAUACAAGGUAUAUGUAUAUGUAUAUGUAUGUAUUUCCAAACAAAGAGGUAAGAUCAAAGCUAACACGUAGUAGUCACACACCAAUAGAAACCAUAUGAGCAAAACCGUAAAGUACGAUUCGAAAAAUCCACCAUCAGCUGAGCUAUACAUUCCACAAACAUAUAACAAACAUUGCCAAUUGCCAUUAGCAAAAUAAACUAGAAUGCUCAGCUAACUCUCAGAACUGUGAGUGGGAGUGAAUGGGUCAAAGAGAGCACACGCUAUAGAAGAGAGCAUAUAGUCCACAAUGAAGUCUGAGGCACACAGUAUCAAGAAGACGCCAACUAUUGCGUUUUUGUUGUAGUGGAGCAACUCAAUUUCAAAUGUACUUUUUGAGAGAGUGCCAUAUACACGAACGAAUAUCUUAAAGAAAAUAAAUGAAACUAGAUUUUUAUGAGAUUUUUACAAUUUCUGAUUAUUCCCAACUCGUUUUCUUAGAAAUUUUCAAAAACUUUGUAAGAAUUAUCCGCUCUGCCAUGUCGCUACACUUUACGGCACUUUACUUUACUCGUUUAACGGCAACACUGACGGUUGGAGCAUAUUUGAAAUUGAAUUUUUUGCGCUCUCUUACGUUUAGCCGCGUUAUCAAUACAUUCCACACACACUAGUUUGGCUAGGCUCACAAGCGCUAGCUGCUUGUGUAUGGAUCGCUGUUGGUGUCACUGGCUAGCGAACGGCUUAAUUCAGUUGACUAACGACCCGACAAUGUGAAGGUUGUGUUUUUUGUGCCGUGUUGUUUUACGAAAGUGUAACGUGAAUCUUGUAAAUUGCGUACUAACUUGCUGAAAGUAAAAGACGCGCGUUUAUUAAGUUGCGAAAAUUAUAAGAAAAGAAAUAAAAUUGUUUGAAAACAUUUGAAAUAUAAAAAUUUCAAAACGUUGUGAUAUAAAUUGCAAAAAUUUUGAUUUGUUUGACAAGUGGAAACACAUAUCUAAGUGCAAGUUUAUACUACAUUUUUUUAAAUAAUUGAUGCAAAAUUAAAAAAAAAAAAAUUGAAUUAUUGUGAAUGAAUAAAAAAAAUUAAAGUGUGUUAAAUCGAAAGAACCUGCAAGCGUAAACAUAAAAAUUCUCAAAUAUUGAAAAUAAAUUUAAAAAAUAUUAUAAAGUGAAUAACACAACAAAAACAACAAUAAUUAUAAAUAAUUUUGGUGAAUAUUUUAGAAAAAAAAUAGAACAGACUUCAUCCAAACUAAUUAAAAAAAAAUAGAAUUAAUACAAAAAAUUAAUGCAAUUUGUGUACCUCAACAGUGUUUAAAAAUAUAUAUAAAUCAAUAAAAGUGACCACCAAAAACAAUUUUCUACCAUCCAACAUUUGCUCGAUAAUUCCGCAAAAAUAGAAUAUACCACACAAAUUUUCAACUAAUUUUGCUGUCAAACUAAAUUGUCAACAAAACACACUACAAAAACAAAAAAUAGAAAAAAAACGUAAGCAAAAUUAAAAUUGCCACAUUUCGUCAUCAGACCAAAAAUUGCCGCAUUGCAGCAGCACGAGCAGCAGCGUUUGCAUGUAGCUGCUUCGCUAUUUUUGAAUAGUAUGAAGUUUUAAUGAAAAUAUUAAAAAAAUAGUAAAAAAAUAUAAAAAGUUGUUGAUAAUUAAAAAAAUAUUAAUUUCUUCAUACAAAAUAAAUAAAAGUGUUUCAAAAAAGAAAUUUUUAAAUUUUGUUUAAAAAAAUUCAAAAAGUGUAAAAAAUAUAUUUCUGUGAAAAAGAAAUUGAAAAAGAUUAAAAAAAGUGAGUGCAAUGUGUUGAAAAUAUUUAAAAUUACAAACCAAUUCAACAAAAAAUCAUACAACCUGUAUAGGAAGAUAAACAGCAGCUCAAUCAAAAUUUCAACACCUACAACAACAGUAACAACAUUCAGCACAAUGUAUGCGGUUUUAUUGUUUUUGACGUUGACGCUGGGACUGACAAAUGGCGCCAUAUUACCAGGUAUGUACCGAAAAAACCUUCAGCUCGUCAUCAGAAUAUCGUGGUUUCAAAACUAAUGCAGUAAUCUGUGUAUGUACCUUCAAAUAUGUUUUUGAAAUUUACAUUAAAAAAAAAAUAUUAUAUACAUAUAUAUAUAGUCUUAAAUUUAUAGCAAUUUCAUAGGCUUUGUUCAAAAUCCACUAAUGAACUUCAGGGAAAUUUUUGGUGAUUUUUCCUCAUAAGUUUGAUUUGAUGUAGUUUAGCAAGAUGUAGUGCGAUAGGUGGUGCUGUGAUCAUACCUCUAUAUUUUUGGCUGGGUUUCCUUCUUUGAUAGGACACGUGAAGCUCGACAGAUGGCACCAGUAUUGAUGAAUUCUAAAAUAUGGAAUUUAUAGUCAGAUUCCAAGCGAUACAACCGCUUUUAAAGCAAAUAUCUCGAGCAGUAUUUUUUAUAGGAAAUUUUAUAGUCCUAUAUUCUGGAAUAAUAUAUAAACCUCCCUUGCUUUUGUUUGACCUUUUCUAGCAACAAGACCUCAUUUGCCACAUAUACCCUCAUUAGCUCCACUUCCUUACUUAUAAAGCCACUGUGUUGUUGUUGACUUUUACUUUCAUUACAAACUUGUGACCUUUUUUCUUCCAUAUCCUACACCUAUCUCGAAGCAACAAGCGCCCCAUUGUUUAGCUAUUUUUCUCCGACUUUUAUUUUAUUGCACGUACAUUGGUUGUUACAAGCUUAGCUACAAUUGUUAGCUGCAUUAACCAAUACAGACACAUACAAUUUCAAUGAACUCUCUGCAGCAAUAACAAUAAAAUACAAUAACAGCAGCGUAUAAGCAGCAAAACAAUGCGAUUUAAGCCAAACACACAACAACAACAACAAUUGCAAAUAGCGUCAGAGCCGCAGUGGUGGCAGCAGCAGCAGCAAUCUUUUGUGGCAUCCAGUCUAAACUCAGCGGAACAUGAAAACUAUAAAUGUAACAAUGAUAACAACAAUAACAAUGAUAAACGAAAGAUUUUGAUUGUGUGUUGCGUCGUCUGCUGUCAGCAUUGCAACUUAUGGCGCUCUUUAUUUCAAUUGGAUUUUCUUUGAAAAUCGCUUCAACAUAUUUGCUUUUUAUUGAAUUUUAUUUUUUUUUCGCUAUCGCACAUUUUGUUAUUUUCUAUAUUUCUGCUAUUUCGCUGUUGAACUUAUUUAUUUUAUUUCAACAAUUUUAUUUGUUAUUCUCCACUGCAGCUCUACACUCCAUUGUCUGCUUCUGCGUUUUUCUUUAUUUUUCCUUUAUAACUCAUUUUAUUUAUAUUCGUAUUUGUAUUAAGUUUGUCUUCCUUUUGUGUUCACCGUCUAAUUGCGCAAAUUUGUCACUGUUGACUUCUUUGUUCGCGACGUUGCCACUGCAGCUGAUUGCAAUCUCUCUCCAACUUCGUGUAAUGAGUUAGCGAAAAGUCUGCCAAAGCCAAAAAUAAACAAAAAUUUAAUGCAACAACAACAACAAUAGUACAGCAAUACAAUAGUCUGCGCAGACACAAUAACAACAAAAUAGCAUUGUGGACGCAGUUUUAUGGUUAAUUAGGUAAUAAAUUAUGGCUAAGAAAAAACAGUGUACAAAAAUUUGCAAAAGUCUCAUUAAUGUCAGUUGCCAGCGUUGGCUGAUUGUCUUAUACGCGGCCAGUCACAUUUAACUGUUUGUUGGCAUAAAUACGGGUACGAUUAAAUCGAUUGUGGAAGGCGGUAGUUGGCAGCUAAUGCGUUUUUGAGUUGCUAUAAAAUUAUGGUAAGCGGAAAAGGCGUGAAAUAAAGCACUGAAGUGAGCAUUACUGAUAUGAAAGAUAUUAAAUGUAAUAAUAUUGUAUAAAUAUACAAAAGAUCUAAUUACCUUUUAUGGCGUAGAGUAGUUUAAUGUGAGGAAAAAAUUUAUAAAUUAGUAUAAAAGUGAUAUAAGUCUGAAAUACAUAAAUUGUUAUGCAUCAGAAUCGUAGAAAUGAUGUAAAAACUUUCACCAAAUGAUUAUUUGGCAAUAAACAGCAAUUAUAAAAGUUGCUAUAAAAUUAUAGCAAGUCGAUAUACAUAUAUAGAAAAAUAGUCUUAUUUAUCUAAAAUACUCAAAUAUCUACACCACAGAAACAUAGCAAUAAAAUAAAAUCCUUCACGACAAAUUAUUUUCCGAAUAAAUAGAAAAUUUAAAAGUUGCUAUAAAAUUAUGGUAUUAUAGAUAUGUCUAAAAUACCUAAAAAUCUAUACAGCAGAAUCAUAGAAAUGAUGUAAAUACUUUCAAGAAACAAUUUAUUUGCAAUAAAAAGCAAAUAUAAAAGUUGCUAUAAAAUUAUAGCAAGUCGUUAUAUAGUGCAUACUAGCUUAAAUAAAAUAUAUAUAUAGCAUUUUGAGAGAAAUAACGAAAAAUUACGUUAACUAAAGUAAAAAAUAAGUGCUAUAAAAUUAUAGCAUAUACCUUAAACCCGAAUUAGAUGCGAGAAUAAAAAAAAGAUUACAAAAAGAAAGAUGUGUGAUGUAGGUACACUUGAUAAUUACAUCUCUUAAAAAAUUUGCUCACUCUUAUUCAUUGCUCACUCUCUCUACUCAAAACUGCCUGAACAAUUUUCCUAUUUGAAGAAAUAAUGAAAGAUUUUCCAAAUUAAUAAAAAUGAAUCAAAAUCAGUCUUUCUGAAUGCCUUUCAUCCCUCUCUCCAGCACCCUUUCAACUGCGUUCAAUUUGCGCGCUAUCUUUUACUAAACCCAUUCUUCAUUUACGCACUCAAAUGUCUACUGCGCCAUUUAAUCUUUGACUUAAAGCGUGCGCAUAGACACAUUGCGCACACGCUACGCUUGACCAGCAAAACGCAUGCACUUCCACUGCUCAGCAAAUGGUUCAGUACGCGCGUUCGCUCAAGGAGGAACGCCUAUGAGCGCGCAUAUCCAUUAAUUACGCGCCGCUGCAGUGAAUGUGCAGCGGUCACAGCUGACUCACAGCGGAGACGUGCCGCGGCUGCAACGCCCUCAAUAUUGAAAUGCAUACGCUUGGCUAAUUGUUUCUGCAACUGCAUGUGCCACACAUUGCAAAGCGCGUGCAGUCGCUUGCAAAUUGUCUUUCGCAAUUUUGACGCUGAAGCGAAGGGGAUGGAGGGCGGCGCUAAUUGUGCAUGCGCCUCACUAAACUUAGUUUGCGCCGCCAGUAAAGCGGCUCAGCUGAAGUUCGCAUAUUUAUAUUGCUUUUGCUUUUGUUAUUGUUGCGGUAGCAUAUGGUCAGCUAAAUGUUGCCGCAGCAUAUUGCCAUUAGUGGUUAAUGACAGCUGGCCGAUUGCUUAGCGCAGCCACAACAUACUCCCACUGCUGCUGUUGAAUGUACUUACUUACUCGCGUACUUGUUGUUGUUUGUAUGUGGGGUUGUAGGUGCGCGCAUAUGUUUGCUUUGGUGUUGGCGGCGGCGCUGCUUUCAUCAUUUUUGCGUACAAAUAAUCAAUUAAUAUUAAUUUACAAGCAUUUUCGCUACGCUCAAAUGGACCUUUGAGUUGUUUACCAUUUAACAUGGCUUGUUGUUUUUCGUUUUCAGUUUUCUUUUGCAACUUUUCAACUUUUGCGCAUUGCUUUGAGCAACAAAACUUGUAGGAGCUCAGUACUUGAGGCGUUUUCAAAGCAAAUUUGUUGCUUUAUUUUUACUGUAGUCUGUCUAUGGAAGAAUUCUGGCAAACUAAUUGCUUUUUGUAAACUUUAAACGCACUUAUGCUACAGUUAAAGGCAAAUAGCUCAAAGGUACUAUGCUCAACGUAAAGUUAUAAAUAAGUUCAGUUUUGAUAUUCUUUUAUUACAAAUUGUUUAGUUACGUGUUUUUCCAAAAAUCAAAAUAUAAGAAAAUAAUAAAUAAAAAUAUUAGUAAAAUAUUAAUUUAUACAAAUUAUAAAAUAAUUUUUUUUGUUUUUUUUUGUAUUUAAAUAAUAUUAUUUUUUAUAGUAUUUUACUGUAGUUUAUUGAUAGUUAAUUUGAUUAAAAUCCUCUCCAACAGACUUGUUGAACAAAUAGCGAUACAUCGAUAUAUCGAUAUUAUUUUUUCAAUGCAACAAUAUUUCAAAUUUUGAUAUAGCGAAGUAUCGAAAUAAAAUUUCGAGUAUCGAAGAAGUAAAAAACUAUAAUAUAUUUUUAAUAAAUUUUAGGAUUAAAAAAUCCUAUCGUUAUAUCAAUAUUGUUUUUUAUAAAAAUAUUAUUGUUAUUUCCAAAAAGCAUCGAUAUGAUAUAUAACGAUACUUUAUUGCACUUUUGACAUCCCUACUCUCUACCUUUUUCAAAUAACUUUUCUGUUCCAUACGCAUUUUUAUUUUCCUCUUUCUGGACAAUUUUUAAUAGAACCUUUCCCAAACUUCAUAACUUCAAGUUAAUCAUAAAGCAUUUCUAAACAUCUUCAUGUUACGCAACAAAAUUGCAAACCCGUGUGCUUUUCUCUUGCUCUUCAUCAGCAAAAAUCAAUAUUACAUAACACCACGGUCUUCUUGUGGGUGAACAUUAUUUCUAGAAAUAAUCUCAUAAACUGGGGCCCGAAAUAUGGUCGUCUGUAGUACCAGAUUCCAGCAUAAGAAAAUACAUCAAGCUACUUGGCUGUCUCCUGAUCGAAACACGCGGAACCAAAUCGAUCACGUUGUGAUAGACGGAAGACAUGUCUCCUGUGUUUUAGACGUGCGUACGCUCCGAGGACCAAAUAUAGACUCGGACCAUUAUCUGGUCGCAGCGAAGAUACGCACCCGCCUCUGUGCAGCAAAGAAUGCCCGUCAACAAACACAAGGAAGGUUCGACGUCGAAAAGCUGCAAUCGCAACAGACAGCCACGAAAUACUCUACUCGACUUGCACUCCUGCUCUCUGAGAGCACUCAUCAGCAUCUCGGUAUAAGGGAACUGUGGAACGGCAUCUCAAACUCACUGCGUACCGCUGCAGCCGAAACAAUUGGUUUUCGGCAACGACAAAAAACAAGCUGGUACGAUGAGGAGUGCCGUCUCGCAGCGGAGAGAAAACAGACUGCCUACCUCGCAACAUUGCAAACGACCACAACACGUGCGGGAUGGGAUAGAUACCGAGAGCUGAAGAGGGAAGCGAGACGCAUUUGCAGACAAAAAAAGAAAGAGGCCGAAAUGCGUGAGUACGAAGAGCUUGAGAAGCUGGCAGACAGAGGGAAUGCUCGAAAAUUUUAUGAAAAAAUGAAGCGACUUAACGAAGGUUUCAAGACCGGAGCAUCCUCAUGUAGAGACCAAGGUGGUAAUCUGGUAACCGAUGUCCAGGGCAUACUGGGAUUAUGGAGGGAACACUUCUCCGACCUGCUGAAUGGCAGUGAGAGUACAACACCAGGAGAUGGCGAACCCGAUCCCCCAAUCGAUGACGAUGGAACAGAUGUUCCAUUACCCGACCAUGAAGAAAUUCGAAUAGCAAUUACCCGCUUGAAGAACAACAAAGCAGCGGGGGCCGAUAGAUUACCGGCAGAACUAUUCAAAUACGGCGGCGAAGAACUGAUAAGGUGCAUGCAUCAGCUUCUUUGCAGAAUAUGGUCGGAAGAAAGCAUGCCUGACGAUUGGAAUCUCAGUGUGCUCUGCCCAAUCCAUAAAAAGGGAGAUCCCACAAUCUGCGCCAAUUACCGUGGGAUCAGCCUCCUAAAUAUCGCAUACAAGGUUCUAUCGAGCGUAUUGUGUGAAAGACUAAAGCCCACCGUCAACAAACUGAUUGGACCUUAUCAGUGUGGCUUUAGACCUGGAAAAUCGACAACUGACCAGAUAUUCACCAUGCGCCAAAUCUUGGAAAAGACCCGAGAAAAGAGGAUCGACACACACCACCUUUUUGUCGAUUUUAAAGCUGCUUUCGACAGCACGAAAAGGAGUUGCCUUUACGCCGCGAUGUCUGAAUUUGAUAUCCCCGCAAAACUAAUACGGCUGUGUAAAUUGACGUUGAGCAACACCAAAAGCUCCGUCAUGAUUGGGAAGGACCUCUCCGAGCCGUUCGAUACCAAACGAGGUUUCAGACAAGGUGACUCACUAUCGUGCGACUUCUUUAACCUGAUGCUGGAAAAAAUUAUAAGAGCUGCAGAGCUAAACCGAGAAGGUACAAUCUUCUACAAGAGUGUACAGCUCCUGGCGUACGCCGAUGAUAUUGAUAUCAUCGGAAGCAACAACCGCGCCGUUUGUUCUGCUUUUUCCCGCAUGGAUAAGGAAGCGAAGCGAAUGGGUCUGGAGGUGAAUGAGGACAAGACGAAAUAUCUCCUGUCAUCAAACAAACAGUCGGCGCAUUCGCGUCUUGGCUCCCACGUCACUGUUGACAGUCAUAACUUCGAGGUCGUAGAUAAUUUCGUAUACCUGGGAACCAGCAUCAACAACACGAACAAUGUCAGCCUCGAAAUCCAGCGCAGAAUAACUCUUGCCAACAGGUGCUACUUUGGACUGAGUAGGCAAUUGAACAGUAAAGUCCUCUCUCGACGAACCAAAAUCAAGCUCUACAAGUCGCUUAUCAUUCCCGUCCUGCUUUACGGUGCAGAAGCUUGGACGAUGUCAACAUCAGAUGAGACGACACUAGGAGUUUUCGAGAGGAAAAUUUUGCGCAAGAUUUAUGGUCCUCAGAACAUUGGCAACGGCGAAUACCGCAGACGAUGGAACGAUGAGCUGUACGAGUUAUACGACGACAUUGACAUAGUUCAGCGAAUAAAAAGACAGCGGCUACGCUGGCUAGGUCAUGUUGUCCGAAUGGACGAAAACACUCCAGCCCUGAAAGUGUUCGAUGCUGUACCCGCCGGAGGAAGCCGAGGAAGGGGAAGGCCUCCACUCCGUUGGAGGGACCAGGUGGAGAGCGACCUGGUUACACUUGGGAUCUCCAACUGGCGCCGAACUGCGAAGGAGAGAGACAGGUGGCGCACUAUCGUCGAUUCGGCUAUAACCGGCUAAACGGUUGCAACGCCAAUCACAUACAUACAAUCUCAUAAACCGAAUGAGAAUUAUAAGUGCUAAUGAAAUGAAUGAAAACUGUAUUUAUUAAACUGUAUUUACUAAAAAUCGCCUCAAGCAAAUCAAAGAAUAAAAAAAGUUUAACCCCGAAUAUUCUUCAUUUGAGCAUAUAAGGAAUCGGAUUAUCUCAAAACAAAUAUACAUCCUGUAUAGGCACUGAAGUUCUUUACUAUUGGUUGGUCGAAUUUAAUUAUACGAUUCGAGUUAACGGUAACAUACCUAUAAAUCUCUGGUCACCUUUUUAUUGAGUUAGGAUCCGUUAGCAAAUGGAUACCAGCAGAAUACAAGAUUCUUUAUCAAAGAAUCAACAGUCUGUUUGGGAAAACUGUCACCUAUCCUGCACAUUAAUCUUAUAUUUUUCGGGAAAAUUAUAUAUUCAUUUGAUGUUUGUCACAGUUUCUACUCAUAUAAAUAGUGGAUUUUCUUGAUAUAAUCUCUCUCAAAUCAGAUUUAUGUAUAGACAGUGCUGGGCAUAAAAAACGAGCAGUAAGAAAAUUUAAAUUAUGAGCUAAAAUUUCCAUUCAAGAAAACAAUUAAAUUUGAGGGAUUUUUUGAAUUUGUAAUAUGAGAUAAAAUAAAUUAUUAGCAAAUAUUAAUGUUAAAUUUUUCAGGAAUUAGGAAUACAUAUUCAGCAAUAUUGAUCACGAAAUUCAUACAAAAGUAAUAUCAAAGUGAUUGUGAAGUAAAAACUUCAUAAUUUGACUCCUUUUGCCUUAAUUACCACCCUAUUCCUUGCUGGUAUGGACGAAAUAAGCUUUUGGAGUAAUCCGACCAAAAUAUUAUCAAACCACAUCUUCAAAAGCAUGAAAUGCAUUUUUUUCUUCGGCUUCUGGGCGGUCAUCGGUUUCUUCAUAAUCGUCCACAGGUUUUUGAUCGGGUUUAAAUCGGGGUUUUUCCCAGGCCACGUUAACUGGUUUAUUCCCAUUUCAGACAUAAAAUCGUGUACCUUCAAAAAAACAAGGAAGAAGAUCAAAAUUAGUACUGAAUGCGAAUAGUAACAGGUAGUUGAAUUAAAAAAAAAAAAAAAACACUUACAAUGUUGGACCUAUGACAUGGCUCGGAAUCGCACUGAAAGAUGACGUCCUUUUGGUACAGUACUUCGUUGCAGGGUAUCAAAUUGGCUUCCAGGUUUUUUUAUAUGCCUCACCGUUGACUCUUCCCUCAAUUAAAUGAAUUCCUUUUAUUCCAUCAUAAGAAAAACAGCACCAGACCAUCCUGGUUACUGGUGGGGCACAGUUAUUUGUAGGCAUUCUUCACUGAACUGUUCGCCCGAUCUUCUCCAUAAUUUGUGGACACCGUUCGAUCCAAAGAUAUCGAACUUGUAUUCAUCCGAGAAAAUUAUGAUCUGCCACGCACAAAUUUGCAUGCUGUUUUCGCCCAUACACAGAAGCUGAAGAACUAAAAAAAAAUGUAUGUCAUACUUAGUACCAUACAAAUUAUUCUUAUUCUGGAUACAAGUUGUCAUUAAAUUAUUUAAAAUAUUAAAAAUACAAAAUAUAAUGUUCUGGGAUGAUCUCUUUAAAAUGUCACUUAAUUAUCAUUAUCUCAAUACGAGCACCAUAAAUCAAUAGAAAUCAACACAUGGUUGGUUGUGCAUUGCAUGACAUCACUUUCGCUCAAAAUCAUUCAUGUUUCCUAUAUUUAAUUCCCACAAACAUAUGUAAAGCUUAACAUAUGCUUUCAUAUUAAAUUUUUCCAUUCAACAGCACUUCCUUAUAUUAUUUAAAAGCGCAAUCAAUUGUAGCAGAGCACUGCAACAAUGUUACAACAGCUGAUCGUUAUCAAGCGUUUCAAUGUCAUUAUGGGCAAUAUUCUGCGCCGUCGAGUAGAAAUACACUUUCUAUUGGUUGUCGCUUGGCUAUGCAUAAAAACUGAUUAUAAUCGAAAAAUUGCAAAUAAAAGCAAAUACUCGGCGAAUCAAUUCAUACAAACGCGUGCCGAUCGGCUGCAUAAAAGUGAAAUUGCAAUUAAAUGCAAUUCAAUAAAUUUAAAUUACUUCGCUGAGUGAUGAAUGCGGUGAAUGACUUUUUGUCAGCUGCAUUGGAUUAUUUUAAAGCGCAAAAAAAUAACUGAAGCUCCGCUUUUAUGCAAUUUUUAAAUUAAAAUUGUAAAUAUGUAUAUUAAUAUUUAUAUGGGUAUAUUACUAUUAAUUGAGCAUGCAAUAUGAAUAUGCGCACGCCGGAAAUGAAAUAUACUGCGAGAUUUUUUUAUUGAAUGCAUUUGUAAUGGGUGUUUUUGAAGCGUUCUACAAAAUUCAUAUAUCAGAAAAGAUUAAAAGUUAAUUUGUCUCGAUUAGUUCGCAAGUUUUUUGAAAUACUUAUAGUUUGUAGAAAGAAUUAUGAGUCAUAUGGUCACCACGACUGUGUCUUAUGAAGACCAUCCUAUCGAUUCCAUUAUUAACCACUUUUUUCAUAUAACGCGCUGAAUUGGUGAGUUCAAGCUGGUUUAUUAGAAAAUGUCUUUGACCUGACUAACAAAAUCAUCAUUAAAAUAGUCAAGAUACUAAUCUAAUGAACUUAGACCAUGAGCACUGCCAGUGGUGAAUCCAGAAAUUUUUUUUGGGGGGUUUUACGAAAAGUUUUAUUACUCAACGUAUUUUUAAUAUAGCAGUUACCUCGCGAAAAUUCAGUUAUUAUAGUACACGUUUUGUUUUAUUUUGUGUAUUUUUCCCAAAGUACGAAUUUGACGCUAAAAAAGCUCGAGAAAUAUUUUCUUUU